GUGAGGAAGAGGAAGAUGCCCCGGGACCCCCAGGCAGACAAGGAGCUGAGGACAGAGCCCAGGGAGGACAAAUCCCCACGGCAGAACCUGGUGGAAGAGGCCGUUUUGAGCGGCUCCAUGGCGCAGGAAUCCAACGGGGAGGAAAAGCCCCAGAGAUCCGGCGGGAGGAGGGGCUGCAAACGCAGCCCAGGGUGCUCUGAGGAGGAAAAACCCACCGUGUGCCCGGAAGGCAGCUGGAGAUCCAGCCAGAGCUCAGACCUGGUGGUUCAUGAGCAUCUUCAAACCAGGGAGAAGCCCCACAAGUGCUUGGAAUGUGGGAAGAGCUUCAGCUGGAGAUCUCACCUGAUCCGCCACCAGAUGAUCCACACUGGAGAACGGCCCUACGAGUGUGGGGAAUGUGGGAAGACCUUCAGAGACAGCUCUGAGCUGAUCCGCCACCAGAUGAUCCACACUGGGGAGAGGCCCUACAAGUGUGGGGAGUGUGGGAAGUGCUUCAGCCGGAGCUCCAACCUGAUCCUCCACCAGAUGAUCCACACUGGGGAACGGCCCUAUGAGUGUCGGGAAUGUGGGAAAAGCUUCAGCCACGGCUCCAGCCUGAUCCGCCACCAGAGGAGCCACACUGGGGAGAGGCCCUAUGAGUGUACUGAGUGUGGGAAGAGGUUUACGACCAGCGGCCAUCUCCUCCUGCACCAGCGGAUUCACACAGAGGAGAGACCCUUCCGCUGUCCCGACUGCAGGAAGGGCUUCAAAUACAACUCCAUUCUUGUCAGCCACCAGCGCAUCCACACCGGGGAGAGGCCCUAUGAGUGUCCCAAGUGUGGCAAGAGCUUCACACAGAGCUCUAACUUGACCAGACACCAACAGAAGCACCGGUAAGUGAAGCCCUGCGAGUGCCCUGACUGCAGAAGAGCUUCGUCCGCUGCUCCAACUUCAUCCUUCACUGAAGGACCCACAUUCCCUGUAUCCAUGUUGGGAAGACACCUGGCUGGAUGUCUCCAUAUCCUUCUGAAUCCCCAUAGGCACCAGGGAUGAUGAUAUUUGGGAGGAUUUGGGGGUUCUGAGGGGAGAUGGAAGAGUUUUCUCAAUUGCUUUGCACUCCAGAAGAUGAGAGGCCUCGAUCUGUCACCUCACAACCACCGAAUCCCACUGAAAACUGUUCAGUUCCCACUCCAAAUGGCUCAGUCACAUUCCAAAAGUACUUGACCCUACAGCCCCCUCAAAAUCUUCAGGAGGGGCUGGAUGGGCAUUCAGAGGGUCUGGACGGAGUGGGAGGUACAUGGUGGGGGAUGGACAAUGGGAGGGGGGCAGGGGUUUGGAAUGAAGAGCUGAAGGCUGGGGAUGAUGAGGCCGGGGGGAAUCUCCUUUCUGGGUAUCCCCCAUAUCUGAGGGCAUUUGGUUUAUCCCCAGUUCCUGAGGGGUUUUUUGGGUACCCCCCGAUCCUGAGGAGGGGAUACAGGGAGACAAGGGAUGACAUGUGGCUCCGACACUUGGAGUGGGCACCACAGGGAGGGACACGGGGAGCCCAUUUAGGGGAAGGUCCUGCUCCUUUCUGACAAUUUUGGGGGCUAGAAAUGGCUUUUGGAGUUUUCCCGCUGUUAUAAAUGAAGUCUGUAAUUCGUGCUGUUAUGUAUAAAAAUGAACUGUAAUAAAACUAUACAGAGCCAGAGCUUCAAAGCCCUCCACCAGCCUGGCUGAGAGGAAAAUUUUACAACACUGGAGCAGUUGAAAAGGAAGUUCUUUCACCACAGAAGUAAUCAAUAAGUGAGGAUUCCACCCCAGGUGGGGUAGGAUCUUAUCACCGGGACAUUAACACUAUGAUGACUUGAUCACUAUCUUCUGGUAUCUACACCUCAGCCGAUAAGGAAUUGGACAUUCCGGGAACUCCAUUGAGGGUUCCAGGAAUCAAAGACAGACAAAUUCAGCACCGAAGAGUGGAAAUUCAUCACAUCUAGAAGACCCUUUGUCCAGCCUUGCACUGUGAAAGAAGAACUUAAUGAAUAUGUUAAAGAACGAGAAGAAUGGACUGGACUUGAACACUCCCCAAAAAUCGUAUAAAAAUAACCCGGACAAGGCAGCUGGCAUGAACUUGGGAGGUCUGAUGUGAUAGAGGUCAGAUCUAUGCAUGUUCACUAGCUCCGAUCCUGGGCUCAGUGCUACUUUUCUCGAUCUUGGCUUUUGAGACUGAUAUUUCGGCCGCAUAAUAAAUUUUAUUUCUUUAUUAA